AUGGCGACGUGCGGGAAGGAAGAGGCCCUGAUGACGUCUCGCAAAGUCGGUAGGACGUUGGACGCCUUCCUCUACAGUUUCUUCUCUCGGUCUCAACCUGAACUUCAGUGCACUGUCACGUGCGCAUGCGGGGUCUCACCAUCUCUGCGCACUGGGAAACCCGUCUCGCCACCAGAAGGAAACAUCACCGCAGUUAAGGAAAGCCUGACGAGGAUCGUUGGAGGGAGGGAAGUGGAGUUCGAAGGGAAAUACCCAUGGAUGGCCCUCAUGCGUGUUCGUGGUCAUGCUACUUGUGGCGGGGCCCUCAUCAACGACCGAUACAUCCUCACUGCUGCUCAUUGUAUCAGAAAUGCGAAGAUCGAUAACCUUCGCAUCCUCUUGGGGGAGCAUGAUUUGAUCUCGUCGAGUGACGGGAUCUCAUUGAAAGUGUCAAGGGUGAUCGAUCACCCUGGAUACGACCGAGAAGACACACGAGACCACGACAUCGGCCUGCUAGAAUUAGAGGAACCUGUGGAUUUCUCAAUGCACCCUAGCAUUCGCCCCAUCUGCCUACCUCGGCUUGGACGCUCUCUAAGCAACGCAAGAGCCGUCAUUGCAGGCUGGGGAACAACCAGAUACGACUACCUCACCAUGCGACUAUAUGACUCACUAUCAACAAAGAAUGUCCACGGAAUUCCUCUGAAAUCCGUGUCGGGCGAUUCUGGAGGACCACUGGCAGUAAGGAAUUCUGAAGGGUAUUUCGAACAUGUGGGGAUCGUGUCUUGGGGCAGAAGCUGCGCCGAUCCCGAAUUUCCCGGAGUUUACACCAAGACCGCCAAUUACGUGGAAAACUUCAUCGAGGAGAACACGCGAAAUGCAGAGUGGUGUUCGGUCCCGGGACGCAAUCGGAUUCCGAAAGAUGAAGGGAGAAGUCGUCCAAGAUCCACGCGUUAA